UGAUUCUUUGGGUAAAUCAGAUUGGGUGGUAGAUUCUGGUUGUACUUUUCAUAUGUCCCCUUUGAAAAAUGUUUUUUCAAACUAUAGAGAGAUUGAGCAUGGCUUUGUGUCUUUAGCAAAUGAGAAGAAAUGCAAUGUGCUAGGAAUAGGAGAUGUAUGCCUUAGGUUUUCUUCUGGUUAUGUGCUUACUUUGAAGAAUGUUAGGCAUGUUCCUGAGCUGUGUUGUAAUUUGCUAUCUUGUGCUUCUCUUGAAAAUGAGGGUUUGAAGGGAAAAUGGGGAAAGGGAAUCAUGAAAGUUGUGAAGGGUUGUUUAGUUGUUUUCAAAGCUGAGAUGAAAAACAACUUGUAUGUUUGUCAUGCUGAACCCCUACUUGAUUCUGUGAAUUGUGUGCAACCCUGUGUGCUAGGAAAACA